CGCGCCUCCCGAGCGCCCGCGCUUCACUCGGAGCCGUGAGCGCGCGCCGAGCACAACCGCUGCACGAGAGCAUGAGAGCGCACGCCGUCGCCGCCGCCGCCGCGGGACGCCGCGCCACACUGACGGACGGUCCGAGGCUCUCCGCGAGGGGAUGGAUUAAAUGCGCCCGAGUGGACGUCCGCCGAGCCGAGAGCAUGAGGAUUAAAAACGGAGUUACGCUCGGGAGUCUCGUGUUUUUCAUGCUGGUCACGUGCGCGCGCGGUUUCAUAUACACAUGUGGAGGAACGUUAAAAGGGAGAAAUGGGACCAUUGAAAGCCCCGGUUUUCCAUAUGGAUAUCCCAAUGGGGCGAACUGUACGUGGGUUAUUGUAGUGGAGGAGGGCAACCGCAUUCAAAUAGUCUUUCAGUCAUUUGCAGUGGAGGAGGAAUAUGAUUUUUUAUCGCUCUAUGAUGGACAUCCUCAUCCAGCUAACUUCAGGACAAGGUUAACAGGUUUCCAAAUCCCACCUCCAGUCACAAGCACAGGGUCUGUGUUUUCCCUGCGGCUCACCAGUGACUUCGCCGUGAGUGCCCACGGCUUCAAAAUCUAUUAUGAAGAAUUGCAGAGCAGUUCCUGCGGGAACCCAGGUGUCCCACCCAAGGGCAUCCUGUAUGGGACACGCUUCAACGUAGGGGACAAGAUCCGUUACAGCUGUGUAACAGGCUACGUGUUGGAUGGCCAUCCUCAGCUGACCUGUGUGACCAACGCAGGCAAUGCAGCAGUAUGGGACUUCCCUGUCCCCAUCUGCAGAGCUGAGGACACAUGUGGUGAUACUCUGAGGGGUUCAAGUGGCAUCAUUUCGAGUCCCAAUUUCCCGAGUGAAUAUUACAAUAGUGCGGACUGUACGUGGACCAUACUUGCUGAUCCCGGAGACACCAUCUCCAUCAUUUUUACAGACUUCCAGACGGAGGAAAAAUACGACUACUUGGAAGUGGAGGGGUCAGAGCCGCCGACAAUAUGGUUAUCUGGAAUGAAUGUGCCAUCCCCUAUUGUCAGCAACAAGAACUGGCUGAGGCUACACUUUGUAACUGACAGCAACCAUCGAUACAGAGGCUUUAGUGCCCAUUAUCAAGUGAAAAGGUCCGUAGAUUUUAAGUCUAGAGGAGUAAAAUUAUUUCCUGGCAAAGACAACAGCAACAAGUUUUCUAUCUUGAAUGAGGGCGGAAUUAAACAGGCCUCUAACUCCUGCCCGGACCCUGGAGAGCCGGAAAACGGCAAGCGCAUCGGCAACGACUUUAGCAUCGGUGCCACAGCCCAGUUUACCUGUGAUGAGGACCAUGUGCUCCAGGGCUCUAAAAGCAUCACAUGCCAGAGAGUGGCUGAGGUUUUUGCUGCCUGGAGUGACCACAGACCUGUGUGCAGAGUAAAAACCUGUGGAUCAAAUCUACAAGGUCCAUCAGGAACCUUCACUUCUCCAAACUUUCCUAUUCAAUAUGAGAGCAACUCCCAGUGUGUGUGGAUCAUCACAGCCAGCAACCUAAACAAGGUGAUUCAGAUCAACUUUGAGGAGUUCGACUUAGAGCUAGGCUAUGACACGCUAACCAUCGGUGAUGGUGGAGAAGUGGGAGACCCCCGAACAAUCCUGCAAGUCUUGACAGGCAGCUUUGUUCCUGACCUUAUCGUGAGCAUGACCCAUCAGAUGUGGCUCCACCUCCAGUCUGAUGAAAGUGUGGGCUCCAUUGGUUUCAAGAUAAACUAUAAAGAAAUCGACAAGGAGAGCUGUGGGGACCCUGGCACACCUCUCUAUGGCAUGAGGGAAGGAGACGGCUUCUCUAAUGGAGAUGUACUGCGCUUUGAGUGCCAGUUCGGCUUUGAGCUGAUUGGAGAGAAGACUAUAUCCUGCCAGAAUAACAACCAGUGGUCUGCCAAUGUCCCAAUCUGCAUCUUUCCCUGUCUGUCAAACUUCACUGCUCCUAUGGGUACAGUGCUCUCUCCGGAUUACCCAGAAGGCUAUGGGAACAACCUGAACUGUGUGUGGCUGAUUCUAUCAGAGCCUGGCAGCCGCAUCCACCUGGCCUUCAAUGACUUUGACUUGGAGGCUCCAUAUGACAUUCUCACAGUGAAGGAUGGGGAGCUGCUGGACUCUGCUGUGCUGGGACGCUUCACUGGGACAGAAGUGCCAUCUCACCUCACCAGCAACAGCAACAUCCUCCGCCUAGAGUUCCAAGCUGACCACUCCAUGUCUGGCCGAGGCUUCAACAUCACCUACAGCACAUUUGGUCAUAACGAGUGUCCAGAUCCUGGGAUUCCUCUUAACGCCCGGCGAUUUGGUGACAACUUCCAACUGGGCAGCUCCAUCUCAGUCAUCUGCGAGGAUGGCUUCAUCAAGACCCAGGGUGCAGAAACUGUCACCUGUGAGCUAGACAAUGGCAAGGUGAUGUGGAGCGGUCCCAUCCCAAAGUGUGAAGCUCCUUGUGGUGGUCACUUCUCAGCUCCAAGUGGGAUAAUCCUGUCUCCUGGAUGGCCGGGAUACUACAAAGACUCUCUCAGCUGUGAAUGGGUUAUAGAAGCUGAACCAGGACGUUCUAUCAAGAUCAGCUUUGAGAAGUUUCAGACAGAGCUGAACUGUGAUUUCCUGGAGAUUCACGAUGGGCCCAACCUUCUGUCUCCACUGAUCGGCUCAUUUAACGGCACGCAGGUGCCUCAGUUCCUGUUCAGCAGCAGUAAUCACCUCUACAUGCUCUUUACCACCGACAAUAGCCGCUCCAACAGUGGCUUCAAGAUCCUCUAUGAAAGUGUGACAGUGGACGCCUACUCCUGCCUGGAUCCAGGAAUUCCAGUUAACGGGCUCCGUUACGGCCAGGACUUCUCCAUCGGCUCCACCGUUUCUUUUGGCUGUGACUCGGGCUAUCGGCUAAGUCAUGAGGAACCCCUGGUCUGCGAGAAGAAUCACUGGUGGAGCCACCCUCUGCCCACAUGCGAUGCUCUGUGUGGGGGCGAUGUGCGAGGGCCUGGGGGAACUAUCCUGUCCCCAGGUUAUCCUGAGGUUUACCCCAGCUCCCUCAACUGCACCUGGACAGUGGAGGUCAGCCAUGGUAAAGGAGUUCAGUUCAUCUUUAACACCUUCCACCUGGAGGAUCACCAUGACUACCUCCUCAUCACAGAGAAUGGCAGCUUUGUCCAGCCUCUUGCCCGUCUCACAGGUUCUGAACUGCCUUCACCCAUCAAUGCUGGGCUCUAUGGCAACUUCAAGGCCCAACUGCGCUUCAUCUCAGAUUUCUCUAUCUCCUAUGAGGGCUUCAACAUUACAUUCUCAGAAUACAACCUAGAACCAUGUGAGGACCCAGGAGUGCCACGGUAUGGCCGCCGUAAUGGCUACAGCUUUGACAUUGGCGACACACUCACCUUCUCUUGCAACAUGGGCUACCGCCUGGAGGGCGCACCAGAGAUCAUUUGCCUGGGAGGGGGCCGGCGCAUGUGGAGCGCACCUCUGCCAAGGUGUGUGGCUGAGUGCGGCUCAUCUGUUAUCAACAAUGAGGGGAUUCUGUUGUCACCAAAUUACCCCAUGAACUAUGACAACAACCACGAGUGCAUCUACAGCAUCCAGGUGCAGGCUGGCAAGGGAAUCAACAUAUCUGCUCGAACCUUCCAUCUGGCCCAGGGGGAUAUCUUGAAGAUCUAUGAUGGUAAAGACAACAGUGCUCACGUGCUGGGAGCCUUCACAGGUUCAGCCAUGCUGGGUCUGACCCUCAUCAGCACGUCCAAUCAUCUGUGGCUGGAGUUCUUCUCUGAUGCUGAAGCUACUGGGGAGGGCUUCAAACUGGUCUACUCCAGUUUUGAGCUGUCUCACUGUGAGGAUCCUGGUGUGCCCCAGUUUGGCUUCAAGGUGAAUGACCAGGGCCACUUCUCUGGAAGCACCAUCACCUACAAGUGCAACCCUGGCUACACACUGCAUGGCAGCAGUGUACUCAAAUGUAUGACUGGAGAGAGACGUGCAUGGGACAACCCUCUUCCAUCCUGCAUUGCUGAAUGCGGGGGACGUUUUAAAGGGGAAUCGUCCGGACGGAUUCUGUCCCCUGGUUACCCAUUCCCAUAUGACAACAACCUACGCUGCACAUGGGUCAUCGAGGUGGACUCAGGCAAUAUCGUCAGUUUGCAGUUUCUGGCCUUUGAUACGGAGGCAUCACAUGACAUCCUGAAGGUGUGGGAUGGCCCUCCUGAGAAUGAAAUGUCUCUGAGGGAAGUGAGCGGCUCUCUGCUGCCAGAGGGCAUCCACAGCACCCUCAACCUGGUGACCGUCCAGUUUGAGACUGACUUCUACAUCAGCAAGUCUGGCUUUGCCAUCGAGUUUUCCAGCUCAGUGGCCACUGCCUGCAGGGAUCCGGGAGUGCCCAUGAACGGCAGCCGCAACGGAGAUGGAAGAGAGCCUGGUGACACUGUUACCUUUCAGUGUGACCCAGGAUAUGAGCUCCAGGGUGAAAUGAAGAUUACCUGUAUUCAGGUGGAAAACCGUUACUACUGGCAGCCCAGCCCACCUGUUUGUAUAGCUCCUUGUGGUGGGAACCUGACCGGCUCCUCUGGCUUUAUCCUCUCACCCAACUACCCUCAUCCCUAUCCUCACAGCAAGGAUUGUGAUUGGCUCAUAUCUGUGAACUCUGACUACGUCCUUUCCCUGGCAUUCAUUAGCUUCAGCAUUGAGCCCAACUACGACUUCUUAUACAUCUACGAUGGGCCGGACAGCAACAGCCCUCUGAUAGGCAGCUUCCAGGACAGCAAACUUCCUGAGCGGAUCGAGAGCAGCUCCAACACCAUGCAUCUGGCCUUCCGCAGUGACGGCUCUGUCAGCUACACCGGCUUUCACCUGGAGUACAAAGCCAAACUGAGGGAGUCAUGCUUUGAUCCAGGCAACGUAAUGAAUGGCACACGGCUUGGCAGCGACUAUAAGUUGGGCUCCACGGUGACGUUCUACUGUGAAGCAGGCUACGUGCUCCAGGGGUACUCCACUCUCACCUGCAUAAUGGGAGAUGAUGGCAGACCCGGCUGGAACAGGGUCUUACCCAGCUGUCAAGCACCUUGUGGCAGCCGCUCUACAGGAACAGAAGGAACUGUUCUGUCCCCAAAUUUCCCCAGAAACUACACCGCAGGCCACAGCUGUGUAUACUCCAUCUCUGUGCCCAGGGAGUUCGUUCUGUUUGGCCAGUUUGUCCUGUUCCAGACGUCUCUCAAUGAUGUGGUUGACAUUUACGAUGGGCCGACGCAGCAGUCCUCUCUGCUCUCCUCUCUCUCGGGCUCUCACUCAGGGGAGUCAUUGCCCUUGAGUACUGGAAACCAGAUAACUAUCAAGUUCACUGCGGUUGGACCAGAAACUGCCAAAGGCUUUCACUUUGUGUACCAAGCUGUGCCACGGACCAGCGCCACUCAAUGCAGCUCUGUGCCUGAGCCACGCUUUGGUAAGCGCAUUGGCAAUGACUUCGCUGUGGGUGCCGCCGUGAUGUUCGAGUGCAACCCUGGAUACACUCUGCAUGGCUCUACGGCCAUCCGCUGUGAGACCGUGCCUGAUGCCCUCGCGCAGUGGAACGACACUCUGCCCACCUGCAUCGUGCCUUGCGGAGGGGUUCUGACAGCACGCAAAGGGACCAUCCUGUCCCCAGGUUACCCUGAACCUUAUGACAACAAUCUCAAUUGUGUGUGGAAGGUCUCGGUGCCCGAGGGAGCUGGAAUUCAAAUCCAAGUUGUGAGUUUUGCCACUGAACACAAUUGGGAUUCUCUGGAUUUCUAUGAUGGAGCUGACAACAAUGCCCCCAGACUGGGUAGCUAUUCAGGGACCACCAUUCCUCAGUUGCUGAACAGCACAUCCAACAACCUUUACCUGAACUUUGUAUCAGACAUCAGUGUGUCGGCAGCAGGCUUCCAUCUGGAGUACACAGCAAUCGGCCUUGAUUCCUGUCCAGAGCCUCAGACCCCUACCUAUGGGAUUAAAGUAGGAGAUCGUUACAUGGUGGGGGAUGUAGUUAUGUUUCAGUGUGAACAAGGAUAUUCUUUACAGGGAAAUGCCCACAUCACAUGUAUGCCAGGACCAGUUAGGAGAUGGAAUUACCCUGUGCCACUCUGUCUUGCUCAGUGUGGGGGAUCAAUGACUGAAGUGAGUGGAGUGAUUCUGAGCCCUGGCUACCCUGGUAACUACCCCAGUGGUCUCGACUGCACCUGGACUGUCACUUUACCUAUUGGCUUUGGGAUCCACUUGCAGUUCCUGAACUUCUCUACCGAGGCCAUCCAUGACUAUCUGGAGAUCCGGAGUGGUCCGGCAGAAACCAGUACAGUGAUUGACAGGUUCAGUGGGCCACAGGUGCCGGAACCUCUAUUCAGCACUACUCAUGAGACAAGCUUCUUUUUCCACAGCGACUACUCACAGAACAAGCCUGGAUUUCACAUCACCUACCAGGCCUAUCAGCUACAGAGUUGUCCCGACCCCCGACCCUUUAGGAAUGGUAUCGUGAUUGGCAGUGACUUCAGUGUUGGUAUGACUGUGUCGUUCGAGUGCCUGCCAGGCUACUCCCUCAUUGGAGAGACCUCUCUCACCUGCCUGCACGGCAUCAGCCGCAACUGGAACUACCCUGUGCCACGCUGUGAAGCUCUGUGUGGAGGAAACAUCACAGCUAUGAACGGCACCAUUUUCUCCCCUGGCCAUCCAGCUGAGUACCCCAACUUCCAAGACUGCGUGUGGAGUGUGAGGGUGCCCCCUGGGAAUGGCAUCUAUAUCAACUUCACUGUCCUCAGCACUGAGCCCAUCUAUGACUACAUCACGGUGUGGGAUGGUCCAGACCAGAGUUCUCCACAGAUUGGUCAGUUCAGUGGGAAUACAGCUCUGGAGUCAGUCUACAGCACCUCCAACCAGAUCCUCAUCAAGUUCCACAGCGACUUCAGUGGCAGCGGCUUCUUUGUCCUGAGUUAUCAUGCUUACCAGUUGCGAGUCUGCCAGGCGCCGCCAGAAGUGGGCAAUGCAGACGCCCUAAUGGAGGAUAAUGAGUUUGAGAUUGGUGAUAUUAUCCGUUAUCGCUGUCACCCCGGGUUUACUCUGGUGGGGAGUGAGAUUCUUACUUGCAGGCUGGGUGAGAGGCUGCAGAUGGAUGGCCCUCCUCCAUCCUGCCAAGUGCAAUGUCCUGCUCAUGACGUGCGCUUUGACUCGACGGGGGUGAUCCUGAGUCCUGGCUAUCCGGACAGCUACCCCAACCUGCAGAUGUGCUCGUGGAGCAUCAAUGUGGAAAAGGGCUAUAACAUCACCCUGCACUUUGAGUUCUUUCAGACAGAGAAGGAAUAUGACAAUCUGGAAGUCUUUGAUGGUCCUACAAUCCACAGUCAGACACUGGCCACUCUGAGUGGUGACCUUUCCACCCCUUUCAAUAUCACCACCACUGGCCACCAGCUCCUACUGCGCUGGUCGGCUGACCAUGGCACCAAUAAGAAGGGGUUCCGCAUCCGCUAUGUCGCUUUGUACUGCAGUACCCCCGACUCACCCCUGCAUGGCUCCAUCAGCAGUCAGACUGGCGGUCAUCUCAACAGCUUGGUGCGCUGGGCCUGUGACCGCGGAUACCGUCUCAUCGGCAAGAGCACAGCUGUCUGCAAGAAGACACCUUACGGUUACUAUGACUGGGAUGCACCGGUACCAGCCUGCCAGGCUGUGUCCUGCGGGGUGCCCAAGGCUCCGGUCAAUGGGGGUGUGCUAGCAGUGGACUACUCAGUAGGAACACGCGUGACCUACUUCUGCAAUGACGGCUACCGGCUGUCCUCCAAGGAGCUGACCAGCGCCGUGUGCCAGCCUGAUGGCACCUGGAGCAACCACAACAAGAUUCCCCGCUGCUCCGUCGUAGUUUGUCCCAGCAUUGGGUCUUUUUCCCUGGAGCACGGACGAUGGCGUAUCGUCAAUGGUUCACAUUAUGAGUACAGGACUAAAAUCAUCUUCACUUGUGACCCUGGUUAUUACCGCCUGGGCCCUGCCCACAUCCAGUGCAUGGCGAAUGGGGCAUGGAGCUGGAGGAAUGAGAGGCCUCACUGUCAGAUCAUCUCAUGUGGGGAGCUCUCCACUCCUGCCAAUGGGAAUAAAAUUGGGACACAGACCACUUUUGGAGCCACAGCCAUCUUUACAUGUGACACUGGCUACAUGCUGGUGGGCUCCACAGUGAGGGAGUGCUUGUCGUCUGGCCUGUGGAGUGGAACAGAGACACGGUGUCUAGUGGGCCACUGUGGGCUGCCGGAGCAGAUUGUGAACGGUCAGGUGAUCGGGGAAAAUUUUGGCUACCGGGACACGGUGGUGUACCAGUGUGCCCCGGGCUUCCGCCUCAUUGGCUCCUCCGUGCGCAUCUGCCAGCAGGACCACAACUGGUCUGGACAGCUGCCCAUCUGCGUCCCCAUCAGCUGCGGGCACCCAGGCAGCCCCAUCUACGGACGCACCAUAGGCAACGGCUUUAACCUGAACGACGUGGUGAGCUUCUCCUGCAACAUGGGCUAUGUGAUGGAAGGCCCGGCGCGGGCUCAGUGCCAGGCCAACCGCCAGUGGAGCCAGCCACCACCAACGUGUAAAGUGGUCAAUUGCUCUGAUCCUGGGAUCCGCAACUCCAUAAGACAGAGCAAGAUCGAGCAUGGCAACUUCACCUUCGGCACAGUGGUCUUUUAACGACUGUACCCAGGCUACUACCUGUUCGGCUCUCCCGUCCUCACCUGCCAGCCUACUGGCCAAUGGGAUAAGCCUCUGCCCGAGUGCAUUUGGUGGAUUGCGGACAAUCCUGGAUCUCCUCCCAAUGGAGUACUGAGUGGGGACAAGUUCACCUUUGGUUCCACGGUGCGCUACUCCUGUACGGGUGGACGGCAGCUGAAGGGCGAAUCCUCUCGAACUUGCCAGCUCAACGGCCACUGGAGUGCACCCAUGCCCUUCUGCUCAGGCGAUUCAUCCGGGACAUGUGGAGAUCCAGGUGUGCCCUCUCAUGGGAGCAGGGAGGAGAGUGAUUUUCGGAUCCGCAGUAAGGUGCACUUCACCUGCGCUAUAGGCUACGUGCUCGUCGGCUCCUCAGAGAGAAUGUGUUUUCCCAAUGGCACCUGGUCUGGAACUCAGCCCUCCUGCAAACCGGUGCAGUGUGGUAACCCUGGGACUCCCAGUAAUGGACGAGUGUACCGACUGGACGGCACCACCUUUUCCCACUCGGUCAUCUAUUCCUGCAUGGAGGGCUACCUGCUGACCGGCUCCACCACACGACAGUGUCAGGCCAAUGGCACCUGGUCAGGCAUGGCACCCAACUGCACCAUGAUUAACUGUGGUGACCCCGGAGUGCCAGCCAAUGGAGUGAGGUAUGGCGAGGAUUUCACCAUCGCGCAAAACGUCACCUUUGCCUGCCAGCCUGGAUACACCAUGGAAGCAGACAGCUUCUCCACCCUCACCUGCACUGGUAACGGCACCUGGAGCACCCCGGUGCCUUUCUGCAAAGCUGUGACCUGCACUGCCCCACCACCCAUCUCCAACGGGCUGCUGGAGGGCAGUGACUUUGAGUGGGGCACCAGCGUGAGUUACAGUUGCUCUCCGGGUUACGAACUCUCUUUCCCUGCAAUUCUCACCUGUGUGGGCAAUGGAACCUGGAGCGGAGAGGUGCCCCAGUGCCUACCUAAGUUCUGUGGGGAUCCAGGAUUGCCAGCUCAUGGCUUUAGAGAAGGCCGCAGCUUCAUCUACCAAUCCGAGGUGUCCUUCAGCUGCAGUGCCCCCUACAUCCCAGUGGGAAGCACCACACGUUUCUGCCAGGCUGAUGGCACCUGGAGUGGUUUCCAGCCUCGCUGCAUAGAACCAACCCGCACCACCUGUGAGAAUCCUGGAACGCCACGUUAUGGCUCUAUGAACAGAACCUUUGGCUUCAAGAUUGGAAGCAUGGUGGCUUUUCAGUGCCAGCCAGGCCACUUGCUGCAGGGCUCUACCACUCGACUGUGCCAGGCUGACCUCACCUGGAGCGGAACCCAGCCAGAGUGCAUCCCCCAUAACUGUAAGCAGCCAGAGAGCCCUCCCCAUGUGGAUGUUGUUGGGAUGGACCUGCCUGGUUAUGGCUACACCCUCAUCUACACCUGCCAAAUCGGCUUCUUCUUGUCUGGAGGUUCAGAGCAUCGAGUGUGCCGGUCUGAUGGAACGUGGACAGGAAAGAUGCCAGUGUGUCGAGCCGGCUCCAAGCUAUCAGAGAAGCCCAUUAAGCCAGUCCCUGGGACACCAAGUCCCAAGCUAAAUGUUCCAGAUGACGUAUUUGCCCCAAAUUACAUCUGGAAGGGCUCAUAUAACUACAAGGGAAGAAAACAACCAAUGACUCUGAGUAUCACAAGCUUUAAUACAACCACGGGUAGAGUUAACGUCACGUUAACUAGUAGCAACAUGGAGCUGCUGCUUUCAGGUGUCUACAAAAGCCAGGAAGCUAGGUUGAUGCUACUCAUGUACGAUGUGAAAGCAUCCUCUCCCACCACGCUAACCAAGAUGAAGGAGGAGCAGUGGUCACUGGAUGGUUUUGUGUCUGCAGAGCCUGAUGGUGCCACAUAUGUCUUUCAAGGCUUUAUACAGGGUAAAGACUAUGGGCAGUUUGGCCUACAAAGGCUGGGUUUGAACAUGUCAGAAAGUAAUAACUCGUCAAAUCCACCACAUGGUACAAACAGUAGCUCUGUGGCCAUAGCAAUCCUUGUGCCUUUUUUCGCCCUGAUCUUUGCAGGCUUUGGCUUUUACCUCUACAAACAGCGGACUACACCUAAAACCCAGUACACAGGCUGCUCAGUCCAUGAGAACAACAACGGGCAGGCCGCAUUUGAGAACCCCAUGUACAACACCAAUGCAAAGUCAGUGGAGGGCAAAGCCGUCCGAUUUGACCCCAACUUGAACACAGUCUGCACAAUGGUAUAAUGAGGACCGCUGGACGCAGGAACAAAAGUUGGGUUUUUGUUUUCUUGUUUUCACUGUUUUUUUUUUUAGAAAAAGAAAAAAAAUGAGUGGAUAUAAUGGCGUCCGAGGCAGGGACGGAUUUCUCUGAGACUGCUAGAGAACAUCCAGCGGAUGCACUGUCGCCCUUCCUCUGAUAUUUAAAGCACACUCUUCAGGAACCGUGAUUUGACCAUGUGCGUCUACAGAGGACAUAGAAUACAACAAUGACAUCAAAGGUUUUUUCUGGGGAAUCUGCCUCUAAAAACCUAAAAUUUUCAAUCUUCACAGCCAGAAGUGUGGAGAGUUCUUCUGCUAUUCUGUUUGCACUCUGUGAGUGCUUCUUCACGCUCAACUGGGUCUUUUUUUAAGGAAAAGGGAUCUGUAAAUCUAAUUGCAUAUAUACGAGGAGCAUUCACCACCUAUAUUUUUGUGCUAUGUACCACAUGGGAGAGGUCAGGGCAAAGAGAGAUUCUAUUAAGAGUUUAUGAAGAAAAUCUAAAAAAAUGUGCUGUUCAUAUUGACGAUAAAUGAAUAUUUGUGGGUUCAUUCUUCAGUGAUAAAUGACGUUUUGUUCUCCACUGUUUAAUGGCCAUGCCCCUUAGCUUUUAGUUCUAGGUGUGUACAGUCAUAUCUUUGUUUGGACAUUGAGGCAGUCUAUGACCUGUGAUGUGUUCCAGCAAGAGAGCAAAUGUGUCAAAAACUGACAUUUUCGAGUGUCAUGUGGCACGCUGACGUGUCUUUUACCUCCUCCUUCUUUUUAACUGCUGUCAUUAUUCGAUGUGUUUCUCUGUUGGUACAAAACACUAUGACCUCUGGGACAAAUGUCAGGAUUUUGGACCUGAAGUCUGCAGACGAGAUGUGAUGUUCUUGACAGUUUUCUGUCCAAAUCAUUCUUUUAGUGGGGAAGUGCCAUUGUGCUCAUUGUGCUCCAUCACUUUUCAGCUGAAUAUAUCUAGCAUUUUGAAAAUUUGAUAAUUUGGUAAUUUUUCACCAUGCAUCAUUCAUAUUAAUAUGAUUAUUACUGUUAUUAUGAAAUUUGUAUAAAAUGCACUUGGCAUUUGUACCAUAGACUUUUAUACAAACUCAGACUACAUCAACAUUAAGGAGCAUGCAUGUUUGUUAAAUAUAUAUAGUGGCAACAAUGUGAUCAUAUUUAUCUAGUACAUACGGGUCAUGGAGCACUGUUCCGAUUCAGUCUGACAUUGACAAGAUUUUGAAGGGCAAACGACUGUGGAAAUUUGGCCAUAGCAUAUUGUGCGUCUUGAAAACAAAUUCGGCAAAAUCUAAUCGGAUUCCAAGCAGUUAAUGCUGAGAAGAUUAUUUAGAAGAUCAUGUCGAUCAUCUCUGUCAUCAAUCACUGUAAUUAGUCAAUUCAUUGUCAUUUCUCUGGUCCUUAGCUGUGUGCAGAGAGAACUACAUUGGAGACAAAUUUCUCCCAGUGCUCUAGUUUUUCAGCCCCUUCUUGACCUUCACGCAGGGUCAGACUACCUCAGUUCUGUGCUUCCAGGCCCUCAAGCUGUGAGAUUCAUUCCAGUGCCUUCUAAUGUACUGUACCUCUCAUCACAUUCUCCCUAACCAACAGGCCAUACUAGUGAACUUAUUAAAUAUGAGCUGUUCACUGUGGGCAGGACAGAAAGCUGCAGAUUUCAGGGAGCUUAUUCUGACAUCACUGUCCAAAAGUCCACUUAAAUCUAACAAAUCAAGUCUGUGGUCUUUGGAAUGGCUGUUUUUUUUUGUUUUGUUUGUUUUUUUUUUUUUUUUUCAGCCACAGGACUUCUGCAGCAUUGCACUUCAUAUACACUGUACAAAGUUUCUUACCAUCGUAGGUUCCCAAACAGGUGUUUUUCUUUUAAACAUGGCUGAUUUUACACAGUGCCUACCAAAAAAAACACAUGACACAGGUCUGCUGCUUCCCAUUUUCUCCUCAUUCUGUCUGUCAGUUUUUCUCCACAUUAGCUGAAAUUGUGGGCCAGAAAAUUCGGACAUCGGUCAUCCUAACGCCACAGCUACCCACGCCCCACCCGCUGAAGAGGUCCUAUCCUUCCCCUGCCACUCUGAGCUGAUAAGCCACCUAUCAUUUCCUCUAAAUGACUGCAAUAAAAGAAGGCACCCAUACGAUCAAGAAACUCUUUCCAAUCAAGCAGAUGAAUAUUUGCAGUACAGCUGGGUACUCCUCUUAUGUUAAUGCAUUCAAAAAUAGAUA